UUUUUUUUUUUCCCCGGAUGUAUCAGUGCAAUGAGUUUCGGCCCUGGCCCUGGUUCUGGGGGCUCUGGGCUUUGGGCUCUGAGUCGCAGCGUCGUCCUCUUCCGACUUGAUCUCGCAAGAGCUUUGAGGGCUUCUGGGCCGGUUGACUAUGCAGCGCAAGGGAUUUGGCAUGAUUUUAGGGCAUGGCAUGGAUGGGUUGGAGUUGCUAGGACGGCAAAGACAUGCCACCCAGAUAUCUCGCACUCUUAUGUUGCUUUGCAUAUUAGACAGACGAGGCUACGAAGUAGGAAGUCUUUGAAACAGAGCAGCGCAUAUUUAUGGUACCUCGACAUGUUUUUGUAAGACAGAAAGUCUUUCGGAAGCUCGUAAUAUAUCGAGUGACUAGCACUCUGAUCAUUAUAUACUUGCCGCAUUUAUCUUGA